AUGUCCCAACCAACUCCUAACUCUCACCAACAGCCUGAUGCCGCCGCCGCCCAAGUCGCCGGACAGUCCCCCUCCUCUUCCACCCCCACCGCCGAACUCGCCAGUCUUAAAAUAAGCCUGCGCGCCGCUCUCCGCCAGUUCCCCGACUUCCCGUCCCCUGGAAUCUUGUUCGAAGACAUUCUACCUAUCUUUGCCAAUCCUACCUUGCAUGAAGCCCUUCUUCGCAGCCUAGAGUUGCACAUCCUUCAGAACCACGGCGACCAGAAGCCUGAUGUUAUUGUUGGUCUCGAGGCCCGCGGCUUCCUUAUCGGCCCCAGCCUCGCUUUGAGACUUGGCGCGAGCUUUGUCCCUGUGCGCAAGCAGGGUAAACUGCCCGGACCAUGUGCAACCCAGGCCUACGAGAAGGAAUACGGCCAGGACUUCUUCCAGAUGCAGGCUGAUUCGAUUAAGCCUGGCCAGAAGGUGAUUGUGGUGGACGAUAUUAUUGCAACUGGCGGUUCGGCCUGGGCGGCGGGUGAACUUAUCAAGAAGAUGGGUGGCGAGCUCAUGAGCUUCCUUUUUAUUCUCGAACUUGAGUUUCUUAAGGGACGGGAAAAGCUUCCUGCUCCGGUUUAUACUCUCCUCUCCGGCCAGGAAGAAAAGCAUUAA